AAAUAGAAAUCCCAGAAACGAAAGGAAGGGGGGAAAACAGUUGCUAGUGGAGCAGAAGAGCACUUCACAAUUUUAACCUGAUGACUACAGGCACUGAGAGCUCUAAACACCUAUUUGAUGAACACUGGCUAUUUAUAAAUCAGGACUAACUUAUUUUUUUAAUUUACUAUACCUUAAACUUGACCAAAAGUGAAUAAAAAGAUUUUUGACUAUUUAGUUCGAAGAAAACGUGGAACUGUUCAGCGUCUUGGCGUUUAAUGAAGCUCUUUUUGUGGGAUUUCUGUGUGCUGGGAAAGAAUAAAAGGUCCAUUGAAAGGUUUCUGCCAACUUUACCCCUGACUUGAAAGAAGACAUCUUCGCCAGGCUGCAAGAAGGACCACACAGAUCAGCCUAAAUUACCUUCAGUUUCCAGCUUUGCAAGAUGAGGUGUGAGAAGAUUAUCACAGGCUUGAAGAUUGCUGGGACCACAUUAUUUGGUGUUUCGCUUCUUCUAGGAAUCACUGCUGCCUAUAUUAAGAGCUACCAGUUCGUCAAAACAGACAACUGCUAUUUCUCCUUUGGUCUAUAUGGAGCCAUUUUAGUCUUGCACCUUAUUAUACAAAGUCUAUUUGCUUAUUUAGAGCACAGAAAAAUGAAGAGAUCACUGGAAACUCCAAUCAAGCUGAACAAAACAGUUGCUUUGUGCAUUGCUGCCUACCAGGAAGACCCCAAUUAUUUAAGAAAGUGUUUAAAUUCUGUAAAAAGACUGACAUACCCAGGGGUCAGAGUGAUUAUGGUCAUUGAUGGAAAUAACGAUGAUGAUCUUUACAUGAUGGACAUCUUUAAAGAAGUAAUGGGGAGAGAUAAAACUGCUAGCUACAUCUGGAAAAGUAACUUUCACCAUAAGGGUCCAGAUGAAACUGAUGAAGCCCAUUUGGAAAGCAUGCAGCAUGUAACAAAGCUGGUUUUGCAGAACAAGUGUGUCUGCAUUAUGCAGAAAUGGGGUGGAAAGCGAGAAGUAAUGUACACAGCUUUUAAAGCUCUUGGGAGGAGUGUGGAUUACGUACAGGUUUGUGACUCAGACACUAUGCUGGACCCUGCUUCCUCUGUUGAAAUGGUAAAAGUCCUUGAAGAAGAUCCCAUGGUUGGAGGGGUUGGAGGAGAUGUGCAGAUUCUGAAUAAGUAUGAAUCCUGGAUAUCCUUCCUAAGCAGUGUGAGGUACUGGAUGGCAUUCAACAUUGAACGAGCUUGUCAGUCUUAUUUUGGUUGCGUCCAGUGUAUAAGUGGACCUUUGGGGAUGUACAGAAAUUCAUUAUUGCAUGAAUUUAUUGAGGACUGGUACAACCAAGAGUUUAUGGGAAACCAGUGUAGCUUUGGAGACGACAGGCAUCUUACCAAUCGCGUGCUGAGCCUUGGGUAUGCCACCAAGUACACAGCUAGAUCCAAAUGCCUUACCGAAACUCCGGUCCGAUACUUGAGAUGGCUCAACCAGCAAACUCGUUGGAGUAAAUCCUAUUUUAGAGAAUGGCUGUACAAUGCAAUGUGGUUCCAUAAGCACCACCUGUGGAUGACCUAUGAAGCUGUAAUCACUGGCUUUUUUCCAUUUUUUCUUAUUGCCACUGUAAUUCAGCUUUUCUACCGUGGAAGGAUAUGGAACAUUCUUCUCUUUCUCUUGACAGUUCAGCUUGUGGGACUGAUAAAAUCUUCCUUUGCAAGUUGUCUUCGUGGCAAUAUCAUCAUGGUUUUCAUGUCUUUUUACUCAGUAUUAUACAUGUCUAGUCUCCUUCCAGCCAAGAUGUUUGCUAUAGCGACAAUUAACAAGGCCGGAUGGGGAACAUCAGGAAGAAAAACAAUUGUAGUGAAUUUCAUAGGACUUAUUCCUAUAUCUGUUUGGUUUUCCAUUCUUUUAGGUGGCGUUAUAUACACAGUUUAUCAGCAAGUUAAGAGACCUUUUUCUGAAACAGAAAAAAAUUACCUUGUCAUCGGUGCAAUAUUAUAUGCAUGCUACUGGGUCAUGCUUUUGACUUUAUAUGUGAUACUUAUCACAAAGUGUGGUCAGCGGAAGAAGGAACAACAUUAUGAUAUGGUGCUUGAUGUAUGAAACUCCUUCAGGAUGUUUACAGUACACAUUAUUUCUAAAUGACUUUUUUUGAAGACAGUUCUACCAGGUGACAUGAGCCUCUGUCACUAAGAGAGAAGAAUUAGUGCUGCUGUGACUUAGUAAUUAUUUUUUAAUGGUCCUUGAAUGCCAAAGCAGAAUAUGAGUGUAUAUGAAAAAUUCCAAAUGUACUUUUUUUUCUUAUGUUAGUGGUAUGGAUUUUAAAUGCCUAUGCACUUUUCUUUAUAAUUUCAAUGUGCAUAAUGCUUGACAGUGUUAAUGAAAAUAUACCUCAAACGUUGUGCUUGUGUUGAAUGAGUGGCUGUGAUUCAGACACUACAAGACUCAUCAUCACCCAUAAAAAUGGCUUUUUUUAAAGUAUACUUUUGAUAUGACUGCCAUAGGUGGGCUUUUCAGCAUUUGACUAGUGCUGUGGCUACUUUAUAUUUUAUAAUUUUGUAUUAUAUAUUUUUUUUAGUUUCUGUUUUCAUAUUGUUUAUUUUUGCUUAGCCACCAAAGAGUUUCUAUUUUUUUCCUUGUUUAAAAAUUAAAAAAUAUGUAUGGAACUCAGUUUUUAACUAUAUGGGAUUUUGCAUCUGACCAAAAAUGUGAACUGGGUCUAUGUUACUUGCAAUAACAAAGAAUUAAACUCUAAUUGUAAAUUAUUUUGAUACUCCUAAAAGGGUCAAGCCUGUGUUUAAAAUGUAUAAGUUUUAAAAGUGCAUAAAUGGAAUGCAAACCAAUAUAUUUAUGUAACAGAAUCAUUUGUUGUGUAUAAGAUUAUGUAUUGAAUCUAUGUUUUUAUUGAUGUUUUGAAGACAAAUACAAU